AAGUAUAAUUCAAUUCAUAACAUACUCUACUAAUGAAAUUUUGGUGUGAAAGAGUUGUAAUCUUGCAAAAAUACAAUAGAAAAUCCAUGAGAUCCCCUAGGAAGAUAAUCGGUAUCGAAUCUCAUUCAUGUGCGUCUCAUACAAAAAUUAAAACGAGUGAACCUUUAACGUAUACACUAAAAAAUAAAAUAAUUUACUUUAAAUAAUAUUCUAAUUUAUGAAUAAAAAUUGCACGAGGAUUUGAAUUUUAUUUAUUAUUUUAAAAAGUCAUAAAAAAGUAUUAUAAUUCUUUUAGUAUUUGAAAAUGUAUGUAUUCAAACCACAUGUUUUUACUGAACAUUCGCCGAAGAAUAUUGUGACACUUGUAAGAAGAAUGGCAUCGAAGAUACAAUGUGAUGGUAAAAACAUAUAUAUUUACAGCGGCGAGCGUUUGACAUUUUCGGAAAGUUUAGAUUUAUCGGGUAAUUUUUUAUUCGCUACAUCAGAACCAAAAGUUCGAGAUAUCGAGGUGUACAAUCUAGCUCGACAACAAUGGAGAUUAAUGUGGAAUGAAAAUAAUUUACCAGAUAAUAAUGAUUUCAUUUGCAGUACUAUUUUUGAAUCAAAUUAUUUAGUUUUUUGCACACUCCAAGUACCUUUUAAUCGCGAAUUGUCAGACCGCAUAUGUCGAUUACAUAUUUGUAAUUUAAAUACCAAAAGUGUACUUGUCAAGGAGACAACUGGACAAAUUCCAUAUGCUACAUUUUCAAAAAAUUUAAUUCGUCAUGGAAAAUAUUUGUAUGUUGUCGGAUUCAAAGCACUUCUUCAAAAAUUUCCCGAUGUAUAUAAAUUGAAUAUGGAAAACGGUGUAUGGGAAGUUGAUUAUAUUUGCCCAGGACCUAAUGACUAUACAUUAAUUUUGAGAUCAUUACAUACUUUAGUUUAUGAUAAGAAUAUGAUUUAUGUAUUUGAUGAUAAACGUAUUGACUCCGAACUUGAUACAUUUCAUUUACACGAAAUCUUGGCAUUUGAUUUAGAAAAGCACUGCUGGAUAAUAGGAAAAACUCUUGGUGAUGAAAAUCACAUACCGCAGUAUCCAACUCGAAGAAAAAAGUUUGCGUUAACGAGUUAUAGUGAUCCAGAUUCUGGUGAAAUAAAUGUAAUAAUAUCUGGAGGAAUGGGUUAUUAUGGUACUAGAGAUAUCUACAAUGAUGUCUGGAGACUGAGUCUCACAAGUUUGAAAUGGACGAGUCUUGGUAGAUUUGGUAUUGUCUUACCUUGCCAGGUUUAUAGUCAUUCAAUGACCGUUUCUCCUGCUGGAAAAUUAUUCACAUUUGGUGGAUGGAUUGCCAAUAAAAAUACGAGAUAUUAUCCAACUUUUAUUUCUACUUUACACUCAACUUGGCUCAGGAUUCCUAAACUCACAGACAUUUGUUGGGAAGCUGUUUUACAUUACUAUCCAAACUUGAUAUCAAUGACUGACGAGGAAAUUAUGUCCCUCGGCCUUCCAUUGCAGUUACUCAAGUCGCGUAUUAAUUAAUAAAAUACUUAAUUACUUCAUUGUAUUCAUUUUUUUAUUUAUUACACACUAGCAUUUAAAAUCAUAAUAUUCAUAAAUUCAUUUGAA